AUGAUGCAGUGCGUGGUGCAGCUGUGGUUAGUGGCUCCGGGGCUGGGUGGUGUGAUCGCCCGACCAGUCGCCCCCGAGACGACGCGCAGGGCUGCAGGUGACAUGGGCGCCGCCAGGCGGCCCAAGCAGCGCUCCGCCAGGCCGGACUCGUCCUACCGAGAGGUUGCGUCUCGCGGCCGGCGCGAGGCUGACACCCCAGCGGCCGGCGAGGCUGGCGACGGCCGCGCCCCGGGCAUGGAGGCCCCGCUCGCCAUGGACUGCUACGAGGACAUGUUCAAGGAGAUCACGAGGAAGCUGUACGGGGAGGACGACAACAUGGCCGCAGCCAAUGCCCGACCGCACGCCCCCACGUCAGAGUACGAGCACGGCGACGGCACUUUGGCCGCGUUCGGGCUGGCCGCGCUGAUGCAGAACGGCUUCCAGUCGGCGACCGUGCCUCAGCCACAUGCCCCCGCGCAGCCCGACCCGCGCGACCGCUGGGUGCAGAGCGACGAGGCGCUGCCCUGGACCGCGUCCAAGGUCGCCUCCUACAACCCCGCGCAGCGGGCGUUCCGCUGUGCCGACUGCGACAGCGUAGGCUCGCUGGCACGCGUUGCCGAGCACUGGCUGGGCACGCAUGCCAACCUGCGUGUCUUCCAGUGCCCACGGUGCGCGUACUCGAGCGCGUGGGCACGUUGCGUGCGCAUGCACCUCGCACGGCAGCAUGGCAUCACCGAGGACUCGCUGGGGCCGCUGCACAGGGAGAGCCCCGCGCUCCAGGAGGUCAGUGCCAUAGUGUAGCAAUCACGUAGAUAGAUUAUAAUUUUUUGCACACAAC